UGGUGAAGCUGGGGCUUUGACUGAUGAGAUUGAAGAAGAAUCUCAGUUUGUUGGUGAGGUUUUAAGGAUUAGACUUUAGAGACAUUCUCUACAACCGUGAAGAAGAGGUAAGUUUAAUUAAGAAGGUUACCGAACAAGUAAGACUUCUUGCCAAGGAUGAAGAUGAGAAACUUACCGAAACCAGCUUAUAUGAUGUUAUUCCUCCUUAUGACCAAGCAAAAGCACUUGGGAAGACAAAUAUUAAUGUUGAUCGUAUAGCUUAUGGCUUACCUUGUGGUAGUCUUAAUGUUUGCUCGGAUGAAAAAGCUUGAAAGAGACCUAUAUAAUCAACGGAAGGAGCGCUUUGACAUAACUCAAAUUCCUGACGUGUAUGAUUCAUGCAAAUAUGAUCUCUUGCACAAUGCACAUCUUAAUCUAGAAGGACUGGAUGAACUAUUUAAAGUUACUCAGGCACUUGCUGAUGGUGUAAUUCCAAAUGAAUACGGAAUUAAUCCAACUCAGAAGCUGAAGAUUGGCUCAAAGAUCGCACGUCGAUUAUUGGGGAAAUUUUUUGAUUGAUUUGAGGAACACUCGUGAGGAAGCCAAAAGCUGAGGGAGUAGGUCCCUAUACUUGUUGAGUCUUGUUGUAAGCCAAAAGCCAAAUUUUCGAUAAUUGUAAGUCUUGUUUUUUCUGUUGGUAUACUUGUUGAGUUCUACUCCCUAUUCUUAUAUGGUUGUAAUUGAUGCACAAAAGCUGUCAAAGGUGUUUUGAUUCUCUGUUGUAAAAUUCUGCUAUUUGCAGAAUGUCUCAGAAACUAAACUAGAGAGCUCAGAGGAGUCAUUUAAGGUCUAGCAUAAA